GGCCGGUCUUCUGUGUUUUGUUCCGUGCCUGUGCGCUGGACGCCUGACCCGCGCCAUGGCGUGCGAGCCUCGCCAUGGUUGCGCAGAGGGACUGGCGCCUCUCGCUGCACCAGCUGGCCGCCAGCGAAACUUCCGGGGACCGCUGCAGCUUUGUGCCGCGGGCGCCGUGGCGCCACGCGCGCCAGGUCUUGGUGCGGCUGGAGACGCGCCGGCUCCAGGCAAAUGUGGCGGCCUACAGCACUGGGCCCUCGCCCUGGGCGCAGACGCUUUGGCUGCUCGCAGAGGUGGCAAGGCGCCAACUUCUGCCCGACGUGAUCCUCUGCAGCGCCGGCAUCCGAGCCGCGGAGUGGCGCCAGGCGCUUUGGCUUUUGGGCUCCCUGGGCUCCCGGGCCUUGGAGCCGGAUGCCUUCGCCUUCGGCGGCGCCAUGGCCUCCCUGGCCGAAAACGCCGACUGGUGCUUGGCGCUGCAGCUGGCAGAAAGUGCUCGCCGCAGCUCGGACCUUAACGUCGUGGCCUUGAACUCCGCCAUCCGCGCCUGCGAGCGAGCGUGGCAAGACGCGCUGGGCCUGCUGGGCGUCACCGUAUCCCCGGAUCUCAUCAGCUUCAACACCGCUUUGAACGCCUUGGCGUCCGCCAGCCGCUGGCAGCAAGCCUUGUGGUUGCUGCGCUCCAUGCCAAUCAAAGCUGAUAUCGUGACCUACAGCACCGCCAUGACUGCCUGCGCCCGAGCCACCCAGCAGCAGGCGGCCUUGGCUCUCCUGGCGGCGCUGCCCGGCGCCCGGCUGCGCCGGAACUUGGUGGCGCUCAACGCAGCGGUGGCCGCCGGCGUCAGCGCGGGCUGCGGCGCGGAGGUGUUGCGCUCGGCCAAAGAGGAGCAAUUGGAGCCGGACAUCAUCACUUACAGCGGGCUCAUCAAGACGGGCGCCUGGAAGGACUCCUUGUCCUUCCUCGCUUCAGCGCAGCUUGAGG